UCUGCUUAUGCAACCAUGACACCCACCCUGGUUGCCGCUGCCGCCCCUUUGAAUACAUAUUCCACUGAAAAGGUUGCUGCUCAACCGAUCCCUGCCAUGGAUCCUUACAUCAAUGACUCUGAGAACGAAUCCCUCGGCAUAUUUACUGUAAUGACGACGUACAUGCCUACCCUUAGUGAUGAACUGGAGAUCCAGCCUGGAGAUCGCGUCAAUAUGCUGAUGGAGUUUGACGAUGGCUGGUGCCGGGGCAUUAACCUAUCCAGGGGAAAUGAACUGGGUGUGUUCCCCAGGUACUGUGUUGAGCAAACAUCUGCACCUACUCAAACCGCACCCAAGACUUUCACUGAGAAAGAGAAUGACAGAACCAAGCGUGUGAGCUCCAUGUACAUGGGAUAAAAGAGAAUGAAGCAAAUCUUCUAGACAUUUAAACAUUCCUCCUUUUCUUUUCAGUUUUCUGCUUCAAAUCUUUAUAUUUUAUUUAUUCUAUCCAGGUUUACUUUUGUGCCCUUUAAAUGACUUUAGUUUACCAUAUACUUUAUUUCACCCUUGCUUCAUUUCUACCUUGGUCUCCUUCUAAUUGACUACUUCUAUUUCUAUUCUACGACAUUAUAUUUCGUUUCAUUAAAUAAAUAGAAAGUUUGGUUGAUCUCUUC